UUUUUUUCUUUCCAGCGAGUGAUGGCGAUUCCACUCGGAAAUGGUUCUCUUCUUCGUAUGCUUUCUAACGACUUGCUGGCAGAAUUGUAGACUAGUGUGCUCCAUGCUGCCACCUGCAGACAGGAAAGGGGAGGCGCGGAUAGCCGCGCCUUCACCAGUGCGCAUGCGCGCCCGCUGUCAACGAAGAAGAACAUGGCGGCUGUUUCGAAUGAGGCUGAGCAGGCUCAACGCAUUUUUGCACGCCUGCAGAUUCUCAAGUGAACAUCCUGGUGACUGUCACACUCCUGUUUCAUCCCUGCAUCCUAUGAAGGCUGUUCCCUGUCCCUUGCUGGAAGGUGUGUACAUACAGGAGUCUGACGACAUGCUACAGCUACUCUGCACUCCAUCCCAGCUUCGCACCGACAUACUGACCUGGAUCUGCUGCAGUAUUGACCCAAACUUUGCCAGUUUGAAAGAGAAGGCAUCAAGAAUAAGAGACCCUGAUCUAUUGACAAACGGGAUGGCUGCACUUGGCCAGGACAUGAUGCUGUGUAAAGGAGACAGUCUGGACUUGAUCAAGGGUGAUGCAAGUUGCCACCAGCAACUUCAGUUCCUGGAGCAACUUCUUGCUGUGGUCUCGGACUGCAGUGUGUCCACUGUGCAUGAUGUGGAGAUGCUGCUCCAAACACUAUUUGCUACCGAGAAUCUUCCUCAUCUUACACAAAUGUUUUCGCCUUCGCUGGACCCCUGUCUUUCAAACGUCAUAGCUUUAUACAAGGGUCCCAAAUCGACCAAGCCAAGUGGAGACAAUGCUGGGAGCAUUGCCACUCUUAUUCAGUCUACACGCUCCAUGCUAGAGCAGCUACAGUCUGAGUGUGAGUUCCUGACAACAAAUGAGGUGCCAAGUGCCCGUGUCUUCACUCCCUGCGCGCUGCGUGUGGCAAUGUGUGACCUCCAGCAGCUGAUGACCACUUUCUGCCACGUGUAUGAGACAGACCUGAGAGCUUGCUGCACGAGAGAGACACCCAGCUUUAGCGCAGAGACACAGGUCUUCCAGAGAAUAUACGAACUCCUGCAAGCUUGCAACACGGAGUUGGAAAUGCUGAACGAAGUAUCUGACGCAUCGGUGACUGUGAAGCAGGAAGUGAGCCAGCUGCGAGCAAAGCUUUGCCAAGGAAAGAAGGGCACUUUAUCUGAUCAACUGUAUGAACUAACUACACGCUACAAAGACUUUGUCUCCCGCCUUCAUUCCUCGGUGGAGCCAACAAUGAACAAAUGAAUGGAUCAGUCAUCCCCCCCCCCACAAGCAUGGCUUCCUUUUAUUUUACAUGUAUUUGUGUAAUUCUGUUGUUGUUCUGUACUUAAUCUGAGAAAAUAAAGGCAAUUUCACACUGGAUGGUGACCAAAUGAGACAUCUGCACUAGUUAGGAUUACAGCACCUUGUCUCUGUGAAGCCAAAACAAUGCAGCAGCAAUUUGUAAUCAUAUUUGACAAAACUAUGUG